GAAUAUUUUUUGGUAGGAGUAUAAUCACAUUUGAAGAGAGAUAAAUCAUCAGCUUGAUGGUGGAAGCAUCAACCCUUGUUCCCAAAAAGCUUGGCCCUUCUAGUGCUCUUCGCAUCUGCUCUUUAAGUGAUCCACGUCUCACCGAGCGUAUUCGUGUUACGAAUGAAUAUUGCUUGCCUGCUAAGUACUCCGAUAAGUUUUACGAUACCUACGUCCGAGGUGGUCUGGGAUCUUACAAUCAAGUAGCUUUUUAUCAUGACAUUCUUGUUGGUGACAUGACCUGUCGCCUUGAACUCACCGAUACAGAAAAUGAAUACCGCCUGUACAUUAUGACUAUCGCAGUACUGAAACCAUAUCGAAAUAUGGGUAUUGGGUCGCGAUUGCUAGAAGCAGUUCUCGAUAAUGCCCGAAGGGAGACUCAAUAUCGCAUUGUAGAGGUGACUCUUCACAUGCAGGUGGGAUCAUCAGCCCGGUCGUUUUACGAGAAGUUUGGGUUUGAGGUUGUCAAGGAGGUUAAGGAUUAUUACAUAGAUUUGGAUGAGCGUGAUGCUCUUUUGAUGCGCUUGAUUGUACCACAACCACACUUUGAGGGUAAGAAAAUACAAAAAUCGUAGCCGCCAAGCAUGUAUUUUUGGGAUAAUAAGCGGUAUUAAGUAUAAUAUAUAUGUAUAAUUUUUCCUUACUGUUGUUGCUGCGAGGGAUCAUAUCUGUGCAAAAGGAAAUUAUCCAUCAAUUUCAUCUAGAUGGAAUUUUUAAAAUAUAUCUCAUACUAAAUGAACCACCGUCUUGGGUAUCCCCGUAGGUGUUUUGGAGUCUUU